GUCUCAUCGUUAUAUCCGCAACCAAACGAGUCUGGUUCUAGAACUUUUUUUUCAAACUAAUUGUUAUACUUGAAUCCGUUUCUUCGGUUCUUGAUUAUUUUAGAAAAAAAUUCAGUUUUUCAAAAAAUUAAAUCAAAGGAUUCUCAAUUCAAACGACGCAAUUCUUUUAAACGAACAAUGGUUGGGCAAAUAACUUGGAUAAGUCUUGUAUUAUUAGUAGGCUCACUAAUUAUGCAUGGAAAUGGAGUACCAAUGGCAAGGCCAAUGCCACCAAAAGUAUUUAACAGUGCAGAAGAUUUAAGAAAAUAUCUAGAGCUUAUAAAAGAUUAUUAUAAUCUUAAUGGAAAACCCAGAUAUGGUAAAAGAUCAUCUGAACCACUUCUAACAUCAACGAUUUACAACAAUCCUAGCGAUACAUUGAAAAUGAUAUUAAAUCAAGGUCGUGAAAAUUAUCGAGACAUCGAAAUGGAAAAUGAUGAUUUAUCAUUGAAUUUAAAUAAAAAUAGACCUCAUCUGAUUCAAGAUAAAAUUCAACGAUUAUCACAUCCUUAUAGUUUAUUGGCAAAAUAUUAUCGUGAUAUACAAUAAUUUUUCUGAUUAAAUAUAAAGUUCCGACAUAAAAAAAAAAAAAUUUAUUUUAACAUGCGAGGAAAAAAGAAAAUAUCUUCAAUGAAUAUUAAAAAAAAUAUUCUCAUUUGCUAAA